CUGCAAUGAAAUUGGUUUCAUGAGGGGGCCGUCGCGUUGAUUUUCCGCGCCCGGGCUGAACUAUCAUCCGUCAACCUCGAGGGAUUCGGUAGGUUGCAUUGUGGCUGCAUCCAAAUGUCACAAGGGUGUUUGUGUUGUAUGCGGCGAAGAGUUGCGACCUGGUGUGUAUUGUCUUCUUCAAAAGAUCGGAUUUUCCUGAGAAUGUUCUUCGAAAUUCGGGGAACUUUCAGCAGUUCAUGACUAGGUGCCAAAGCGCUGUCGCGGUGUGAGAGAUGAGUCGAAUGCCAAUUGGCACUAGUUGAAUGCUGGAUGUGGGCUACCACACUAGGUUGGAAGCCUUUAUAAAUCCUAGUUGAACGGAUUGAUACUCGAUACAGUGGCAAAAUCAGGAGCAGACUUCUGAUCGCGAAGGGAAGUUUUCUGAGACGCAAGGUAUCGAUCUGGCAAGACUCGGCAAGUUCUGACUCUUGUGCUCAUGAAGAGAUGAGUGCGCUCUUAGUUACCAGCGGGUCAGAGUUUUUGGAUCGGAGGGAGGAGUUUUGGGUUAUGAGGAACCCUGAUGAUGAAGCGGAGUUGGAGAAGAUGAGUUGCGUGGUAUUCUUGUGAAGACGCUUGUGUUGAAAUCGCUUAAAAUUUUGAAUCUUGUUUUCUGUUUUCUCAUAAUUGGUCCUUGUACACGCCUCUGUAGAGCCGGGUGUGAUCGCAAAGUUGAAUUUAGGAUUUGAUAUUUUCGAUGAGUGUUGCCAGUUAGGGUUUAACUUAAGAACAGAGAUUGCAAUCGACAACUGAACGACUGGUUCAGACGAUGGCGAAGCACCGGGAGAAAGUGACUACUGCGGAGCCAGUUCAAUAUGGGACAGGGCUUGGAAAACUGCAUGUCGGUGGCCACGGAUUCCAUCCAAAGCUGGCAUUUUUCGGGUUUCGUCACAACACAAAAACCAUUCCGUUGGGGAUUCAUUUCACUGUGAAGGUUGAAGAUGACCAUGUGGCAGAGUUGGGGAGAGUACGAAAGUCCAGGUCGCUAGAGAGAAGUCCGAAGCUAGGAGAUUCACCCGGAAGGACGAGAACAGAUGAACCCAGUGCUGAGAGAGGAAGUCAUCAUUGGUUGAGGAAAAAGAAAAGCACUGAAGAAUCCUUGGCGAGGGCUAAGAGCAUCGACCCUCAGCCCACAUCUAGACAUCGGAAGAACGUUAAAUUUUCCGACACGAAGAAACCCGAGUCAUGGGCGCACUUCGUCGAGGCCUCACAAGAGGAAACUCCACACUUGGAACUUGAGGUAACGGAGGACCAUCUUUGUGAUUUGUCUUCACUAUUCUUGGGAGAGAAAUUCGCGUCCGGCAAUCACACCCGGCUCUACAGAGGCGUGUACAAGGACCAAGUCGUGGCUGUGAAGAUUCUCAUGAUAGACAGGUAUGAGAAUUCCGCCACCGCUACCAAGUUGGAACGCCAGUUCAUUCAGGAAGUUCACAACCUGUCGCAGCUGCAUCAUCCCAAUAUCGUAACCUUUGUAGCUGCAUCGUGGAAACCUCCCGUGUGUUGCUUGAUCAUGGAGUACGUUCCAGGCGGCUCCCUGCGAGCCUUCCUUCACAAGAAAGAAUCAGGAUCACUCCCGUACAAAACCAUGUUGUCCAUGGCACUGGAUAUAGCCAAGGGAAUGGAAUUUUUGCAUUCACAAGGAGUAGUUCACCGCGACCUCAAGUCAGAAAACAUCGUCCUCACCGACGAUCUCCAUCUCAAGUUGACCGAUUUCGGCGUCGGAUGCCUCGAAACGGAAUGCGAUUCCAACAGUGCCGACACGGGCACGUACCGCUGGAUGGCUCCCGAGAUGAUCAGCCACCAGCACUGCUCCAAGAAGGUGGACGUGUACAGCUUCGGGAUAAUUCUCUGGGAGCUUGUCACCGGGUUGAUCCCGUUCCAAGACAUGACGCCUGUACAGGUUGCAUACGCGGUUGUGAACAAGAAUCUGAGGCCGCACAUCCCCGCUGAGUGUCCUUCCGCUCUGCAGCACCUCAUGGACUGCUGCUGGGUCGCCAAUCCCGCGCAUCGCCCCAAUUUCUUUCAGAUCGCGCAGACUCUUCAAGACUUGGCUCGCUGAUUCGGUCGUUGCAGCGGGGCUGAUGUCAACGACCCAACGGUGGAUCUAGUAAACUCUAUGCUUUUUCGGCAUCGUCGAUCGAAGCUGUGGUGUCGCCGCCGCCGCAGUCGCGGGCUCUCGUCGGCAGCAUCGACGUGACCCAAACCGAGAGUUUAUUUGCAAUUGCAAAAGAGACACGAAGAGUUGUAAAGCACUUGUAGAUUAGGGCACAUGAGAAAGGAUGUAGGACCCAAAUCAUUUGCAAUCGAUUUGUAGUGACAAAUUUGACCCAAUUCUUUCUUCUUUCUUUUUGCAAAGAAGAACAAAGUUUCUGCUCUUCUUGUGACAAGUUGUAAAAUUUACUCAGGAUUCACGUCGAGGGCAUUUUCAAUGCUUGUAGCUUUCUUCGAACAGUGCUUUUCUCAAAGAUCUUUUUUGUCACUUUUUAAUAGGAAGGAGAAUUUUAACUAGGAAAGACUGAUUAAUAUACUUAUAUAUAUAUAUAUAUAUAUAUAUAUAGUAAUUUGAGUAGAUAUAAAUGUU